CAAAGAAACCUUACAAUGAUAUGCCGGUUGACGUCACACAUCUCCUCCUGUCGUCUUCCGGCUGAAAAUAACAGCUUUGCCCAGUCCGACCGCGAUCCGCAGACAAGAGUUCGAAGUGAGAAAGACACCGCUGUGCCAGACAUGGCUGGCUUUGAGAAUAAGUUGGGUUCUUACACCUUAACCCAGUUAAACGAACUGCUCGAAGAUGACGAAAAACUUAACAGAUUUAUCGACGACUCGGAAGAGAUUAAAGGACUACAACAAAACAAGGAGAUGACCCUGGUUAGUAACCGUCAUCUGGCUGAGCAGAACCUUAAACUCCAACCCAGACUUGACCACCAAAAGAAUGAACUGACCUGCCGGUACCGGAGCCUACAGGAGCUUUUUGAGGCCUAUCAGCUGCGCAAGUCCACUCUAGAUGACAGAUCUGGAAACACUCCCUUGGACACAUUGCUUGCACUCCUACAAGCCGAAGGGGCCAAAAUCGAGGAAGAAACUGAGAACAUGGCUGAUUCGCUCCUCGAUGGCGCGACCCCCCUAGACACAUUCAUUGAUGAGUAUCAGACUAAGAGGAAGCUGGCGCACAUGCGGAGAGUCAAGAUAGAGAAGCUGCAGGAAAUGGUGCUGAAGGGACACCACAUGGCCCCGGCUGCACCUCAACCCUCUCGCUCUCAGGACCUUCCCUCCAGGCCAGCCGCUCUCCAUAGAGAGGUCAAUGGUUCCCCCAUGCCGAUGCCCCGGCGGGCUCCUCCACUUCCCCCUGUUAAAGUCACCCAAACUCCUCCCGCUCAGCCCAUCGCAGCCGUCUCCUACCCUGCUACGUCUCCGUUCACUCCGGCCUCUCCAUUCGCUCCCACUUCUACUCCAUACCCCCCUAUUCCCCCUAGAGUAGGAAACACACCACCCGUUCUUAACCAGGGAUACCCUAGCAUGUACAUGCAGCAGUACGCCCCACCCCUGCCCCAGAGACCCCCUCCACGCAUGGCACCCCAGCCAGGCUUCAUCAUGCAGUGAGCAAGGGACUUUGGAGAAAAAAAAACGAAAUGCACACUGGACAUUCAUUCAAGCCUUUUGUAGGUCCUUCAAGCUGCAUGUUAUAAAAUAUUGUGCGCCAAGACGGAGUCUUGUCAAGUGUAAAAUUAACAAGACUUUUCUGCAAUCAAAGGGGCAUCUGCAACAGGAUGUUCAAUUUGCACUUUAGACUACUUUUGUAUUUGAUCAGUCAUGGCUGUUAUGGAGUCGUGCUGUUCCCGUUCUGCCCUUCUCAGUAGCACUAGAUCAAGUAAAAAAAAGUUUUAUGUGAGCCUCAGGGGCCUCCAUACAUAGUAAAGAUAUCAGAGUUCAAGAACAGGCGUUCUGUUAGGCCAUCUAGACAGAUAUGAGUUACGAUUUGAUGGUUUAAUUUCUGUUGGAGAUGUCAAGUAUAUGCUAAUAUGUCAGUUCAACCACUUUAAUAUCUUCUGACAUUUCAUGCCGGAAAAAGCUGCUUUAACGAAAAUGUAAUGCCUAUGCAAACAGACUGAGACCGAACUGUGCUGAGUUUUUUGGGGUGGGGGGGGGAGAAACAAAACCAUGUUUUGCUCUUCAGGUUUUCUCAGACCUGCAGCCAAAGAUGCUAUUUGUUUUUUCCAGUGAAUUCAGUUUUGUGCUGGUAGGGCGAUUAAAUACCAAUCUGAGUGGGUGAAAACAUUUGGUACCGCAACAAUGGAGAGGGCCUUAUGUCACAAGUAAAUUGAAGGAGAAGGAGCUUAUUGGCUAGAAUUUAAAAGGAGUGAGCGUGAACGGUAAUGUGUGUAAAAAAUGUGCAAAUGAGUUUUUGGAGGCUUGAGUGUGUACAUUUGUGUAGCAUACGUGUUUCAUUACCGUACAUACUUAAACUGAUGCUGAUGCAUAAUUUACCAUUUUAAUGUUUCUGUCUAACACCAUAAUCCUCCCUGUGUUUAUUUUUUCCAUCUGGCAUGAUGAUGUCCAUUGGAGAUGUGCUUCCUUUCCAUAAGCCCUACAUUUGAAUUGAUAUUUAAGUUAUUCAAACUAAUAUAGCCAUAUCAUUAAAACCUUUUUUUCACCCAUAACUUGACUUGCCUAAACCAUCAGGUCUGUUACAUAUCAUAUCUUGUUUUCUGUCCUUACUAUGUAGUGUAACCUUUAUCCAUGGCUUUUGUUUUCACCCUGAAUCUGUUUUGAGUGUGUAUAUAUAUAUAUAUAUAUAUAUAUAUAUACACAUAUAUAUAUAUAUAUAUAUAUAUAUAUAUAUAUAUAUAUAUAUAUAUGUGUGUGUGUGUGUCUGCUGCUGGAAUAGCCACUUUGUGCCUAUGCUGGGUAUUCAGAUGAGGACUUGUUCACUGUGGUGAGGAGUGUUCUACCCGUUCCCAUUCUAUAGCAAAGUCUAGAAAUUUCUCUUUCAAAAUAUAUGCUGUUUAUACAGGUACAUGCUUACAAGUGCCCUUUAACUAAAUAUCUGUUGUUUGUUUUACCAGUUAGAGCCAUAAUUACGUUGCCUCAAAUUCAGGAAGUUAACAUUGUUUGGAUGAAUUCCUCUCUUUAAUUACUGGUGCUACUACAUUCAUUUAAUGAGCUGAACCCAGAUGAUGUUAGUAUGCAGGCUCUGUUUGAAUUAAAUCACUCUGUGUUUGUCAGACUUAGGUUGGGUAUCUGUUUUAUUACAUUGAUGCUGAUGAGCACCAGAUCGAGAGGUGGAAUUAUCUGGGUUCUUCAUGAAUCAGGCUGCAUCAUGUCUAGACAUUGGCUAAAUACCUGUGAAAACCAUUAUGGACUAUGACAGGAUUGCCAACCAUCUGGAAAAACCAGCUUCUGCCCUUGAAAACUGUUUGUUUGUUUGUUUGUGUAUAAACAUGAUUGUUCUUUGUCUUAGAAAUAAUUAGAAAUGAUUGCUAGGUUUGUAAAGGGUAACUCGGCUGUAUGCUUUCGCUGGCAAUAAAAUAGUGUUUUGUACUUUCCUAAUGUAAAAUAUGCAGACUAAGUGCUAGGUAAUGUCUAUUCAAAGUGGUAGACAUGGUAAAUGGAACUGACAUCAUUAUUUUAAAGAUAAUAAAUGAUAUCCCAUCAUUUCUCUGUGAGUUCAA